UCCGGGCGCUCUGCUCAGUUUACAAGCCCUGCGAAGAUGGCGACGUCAGGGAGGAGUGCAUUAUUAUCCUCCACCUUAACUGGACCUAAGAGCACACUGGAGAACUCCAACCCUGAGGAGGAUGAUGGGCAGAAUUUAUGGUCCACCAUCCUGAGUGAAGUGUCAACCCAUUCAAGAUCAAAGCUACCGUCUGGGAAAAAUGUCCUGGUUAUGGGUGAGGUGGGCUCGGGGAAGACCACCUUGGUUGCAAAACUACAGGGUGUCGAGGAGUACAUGAAAGGGCGUGGCCUGGAAUACCUCUACUUCAGUGUCCAUGACGAUGAUAUUGAUGACCACACUAGGUGUAAUGCCUGGGUCUUAGAUGGAGACCUUUACCACAAAGGUCUGCAGGGCGUAGCUGUGCCAGUGGACUCGAUUGGCAACACGUUGUUGCUGAUAACGGUUGACAUGUCGCGGCCGUGGAACGCCCUGGACUCCCUCCAGAAGUGGGCUGCCGUCGCUAGGGAACACAUCGACAAACUCCGGGUCGCCCCGGAAACACUGCGGGAGCUGGAGCACAGACUUGUAAAACAGUUCCAGGAGUACACAGAGCCCGGCAGUGGGGAGGAUGGCACCCCACAGAGGAGGAGUGAAGAGGAGGAGAGCGUGCUGCUACCAUUAGGAGACAACACACUCACACACAACCUGGGCAUACCAGUGGUUGUGGUCUGCACCAAGUGUGACGCCAUCAGCACUUUGGAGAAGGAGCACGACUACAGAGACGAACACCUGGACUUCAUCCAGUCCCACAUCAGGCGUUUCUGUCUGCAGUACGGCGCCUCUCUGGUUUACACGUCAGUGAAGGAGAUGAAGAACCUGGACAUCCUCUACAAAUAUCUGGUCCACAGACUCUAUGGCUUUCCCUUCCACUGCCCCGCACAAGUGGUGGAAAGAGACGCUGUCUUCAUUCCAUCAGGUUGGGACAAUGAGAAAAAGAUUGCCAUACUUCACGAGAACUUCCAGACAGUAAAAGCAGACGACAGCUUUGAAGACGUAAUAGUCAAACCACCAGUCAGAAAGAUUGUACAUGAAAAGGAGAUUCAGGCAGAAGACGACCAAGUGUUUCUGGUAAAACUGCAGUCGCUGCUCGCCAAACAGCCCGCUGUGACAGCAGGGCGACCCGUGGAUACCACUAGCAGAGCACCCACUGGCUCCCCCAGGACGAGUAAUCGUUCUGCAGCGGCCAACGUAGCAAACACCAUGCCACAGUCAGGUCAGACCAGUGAGGGUGUGUUGGCAAACUUCUUUAACAGUCUACUGACAAAGAAGGCGGGUACAGGGGGGCCCGGGACGCCAGGUGGUGGUAACAACACUCCAGGAACUGUACGCAAGUCAGACAUGAACAUAACACAUGGUUCCAAGCUGGGCCUGAGCGAUGUACAGGCGGAACUGGACCGCAUAUCAAGCCGGGAGACUGACUCGGACUUGUCCAAUGCCAACGAGACCCCUGCCACCGAUGGCCAGGACACAUGAAGACCAACACACGUCACCCUUCUCUCCUCUCCUCCCACCCUCCCUUCCCUCCACCUCAGUCACCCUCCACCUCCCUUCUCUUCCCUCCCUCCACUCUCAGCACCUUCUCCAUCACAAAGAUGUGGGGGAGAAGAGGGGAAGUAGGGGAGAAGGAGGAGGGGUGGACACACAGUUGUUCCUCCGCCAUCCUCUUCCACUUUCUCCUCAAGGUGAAGAACUCACCCUCUCUUCCCACUACGCCUUCUCUCGCACCUCAUUCCCCUUCCCCUUUCUCUUCUUUUUCUGGCUGUUACGCUGAGGGCAAGUAUUUGUCACUGUUACAUGACUGUCUGUUACAUGAGAGGAAAUGGGGUACAGGGAGACCAAUGGGGGGUGUGUGAAGGUUGGGAUGGGAAGAGGUGGGGGAUGAGUUGAAAGAGACUGAUUGCAAGAAUGAAAGCGUUUUAUCCAUCCAUUUAUUGUGAUGGUACAGUUAGUGUUUUUACUGUAGGAACUGCUGAAGGGCGCAUGUUGAAGAACCUGCACUUAGGUACUAUAGGGAUGCUUGUGUGAUUGUGUGUUUAAUGUAUGUGGGGCAAGUCAUGCCUGGCCAGAGGAAGAGAUUGCGAACAUAAAACAAAAAAAUAUGCCUGAAACACAAUUGCAGACAGUCUUUUUUUUUAAGAUGAAGGGACAAACAUACCAGUAUUUGUGUGAGUGUGUGUGUGUGUGUGUGUGAGAGAGAGGAG